CUGGGACGCAGAGGGGGAUGGGGACCAGCAGCCCAGGGCUGGAGACACAGGUCCAUGAAGGGGCAGAGGAGGCUGCCCGAUCCCUGGAGAGACACCUAGCCCAGGAGAACCUGAGCAACCCAUGGACCUUUCCAGACCCCGAUGCAGACAUUGGAGGGAGCUGGUUCUCCUAGCCAGUCUACUGGCCUGUGGGACCCGCCAAGCCUACAGUCAAAUCUCCAUAGACCCAGAAUCACUCUUAGGAAUCAAGGGAUUUCGGACCGUCCUGGUCCUCCAGAAUGUCACCCAGGAUGUUCAAGAAUACAGCUGGCACCGAGGCGCAAAUGACACUGCGGAAAAUAUGAUUGUCAGCUACAAACCUCCCUCCGAUACCUGGCAGUCUGGGCCCAUGUUCAGUGGACGGGAGAACGUGACCAGGACAGGGAGCCUGGUGAUCAGGAGGUCUGCAUUAAAUGACACAGGGAAUUAUACCGCGAGGGUGGACUUUGGCAACAGGACCGAGAAAGCAACAGGCUGCCUCAGUAUUCAAGAGUUGGAAAAGAAGCCAGACAUCUGGGCUAACGCCAGCUCUGUGGUGGAAUAUAUGGACCCUGUGGCCGCCAUUUGCUACACCAACGCCACCAAUGUCAACUGGUAUGUGGAGUACACACGGGUAUCCAGCAAUGACCGGAUGACAAUCUCCCCGGACCUCAAGACCCUCAUCAUCCACAGGGUCAGCCGCUAUGACAGAACACUUCAGUGUGAAACAGAAAGCAUUCCAGAGUUUCCUCGGAGAAGUGAACCUCUCUCUCUCUCCGUGGACUAUGGGCCAGACAAAGUGCAGCUGAGAACCAGUCACAGCAUCUUAAAUGGCAUCUUGUCUGCUAAGAUCGGCUCCGAAGUGCACAUGGAGUGUAACGCCAUUUCCCGACCCAGUCCCAAGUACCACUGGACCCACAACGGCUCCCUCCUGAGCCUCUCAGGGGCAAAAAUCAUCCUCCCAAGUCUGGCCUGGGAGCAGAUGGGCAGAUACAGAUGCAUCGUAGAGAACCCCAUGACUCAGCUGACCAUGUACAGGGAAUUUCAGAUUCAGGUGCAUAGAUCGGAGCACAGUCAUGUUGUGGACAGAGGCUUCUACAUCUCAGGAGCCAAAGUGGUGUGGCUCAUCGUGAUAACAGUCCUUAGCAGCGUCUACCUCUGCGGAAUCCUCAUCUACAUCUUGAUCAGCCAUUUCUCCACCAGGAGGCAGAGAGGGACUUGAAGAUGUUAUACUCAUGGCCUUGAAGACAGAGACCUGGGUCACGAACGAAGGGAUACAGAUGCUCCUGGAAAAAGCAAGAAAAUGCCUUUCUCCCCUGGAGCCUCCAGAAGGAACUCAGUCCUGCCUGCCAACGCCUUGGUUUUAACCCAGUGAAAACUUGUGGACUUGGAUUGUGACCUCUGGAACUGUAAGAUGAUAAAUGUAUGCUGUUGGAAGCCA